GUGCCAGUCUGAGAAACGUAUUCACAUGGAAAGAUAUGGAGUACAAAAGAAAAGAGCAAGCCAGAGUGCCGAGAGGGAGGCGAGGCCACACAAAAAAGUGAAAGGGAAGAAAAGAGAGAGAGAGAGAGAGAGAGAGGGAGAGAGCGAGGGGGGGGUGGAGAAUCAAGGGGUGAGCAAGGCGUGCUUAGACUGAAAGUCUAAAUCUGAGUCUGAGAGAGACAGAACGCAGAUGAGGGCUUACUGCUGUUUUUCCUGCCACACUUAUAUACUGUAUAUCCUCUACAAAAAGGAUUUACGUUAUAAAUGUUCACUUUUUGUUGUUUUUUUAGCUCUCAUAAUUUGUGGAUUUUGUGGACAUUGGACUACAGUGAAGUCUGAAAAAUCCUAAUAUCUUUCUUGAAUUUUUGUGAGACUACCUAAACUACAAUUUCUGGACAUCAACCUGAUUUACAUUUAAUUAACUGUUCUGAUAAAGUCAUCAUCUGUGUGGAAUAGUCUACUGUUGGCCUGGACAUGGGGGUUGGGAAUAAGGAACUACUCAUACUUGGCUUAAUGUGUAUGCUGGGGAAGUGUUUCUCUAGGUGUGAAAUAGGCUUCAGCUCAGAAGGCAAUAAAUGUGUUGAUGUGGAUGAGUGUGAAGAAAUCCCAGGAAUAUGUGGGAAAUACACAAUCUGCUUCAACACGAAUGGCAGCUACUUCUGUCAGUGCAAGUCUGGGUUCAUAAACAAUAGAGGGACUGUUAACUUCACAGGGAUAGAUGGACAGUGCCAAGAUGUCAACGAGUGUUUCAAUAACAAUAUCUGCGGUCCAGUGGCUUCUUGUGCUAAUCAGAUUGGGACCUAUGCCUGCAUCUGCCCUGUUGGGUAUACUAACAACAGUACACCUGGAGACUGCAAAGACAUAAAUGAAUGCAUGGAAGCUGAAGUGAACAGGGAGGAAAUCUGUGGAGAGAAAGGCACGUGUAAGAACACUGACGGGAGUUACUGGUGCAAGUGUCCAGAAGGAUACACCACUUAUGGUAACAAAAGGACACCGUGUUCAGAACUUAAGUGUGACAGCUUCAGUACUAACAGCUGGCCUACACAGUCGCUCGGAGGCUUGGCAAACAUUUGGUCCAUGAUGAGAAACAGCUGUCUGGCUCUGUCUAACCCAAGUGGAGAAGAGAAGGCUAAUGGAGAGGUGCUACUGGAGAAACUUUUCACAGCGACUGUGUCCGUCCUGUCCCCUGGUCCCCUGGACAACAGUGACCAUGUGAGCAAGUUGCUCAGUACGGUGGAAAACUCCAUUAUGCUCAUUGGUCCUCAGCUCAAAGCUAACCGCACCAAGAUAGAGACCACUGAGACAGAGGCAGAGAUUGCUCUUCGAAGGGGUAAGACCCGACCCACUGGACCAAUUCAUUUGACCAAUGAAAACGCAAGCCUUGACACUGACUGGGAAACGGCAAGUGGCACGGGAACCUAUCCUGGUUUUGCCAUGGCUGCAUUGUUGAGCUACAAGAAUCUUAGCAUCUCAGAUAAGAGGGCUUUUGAUGAACUCAAAGGACAUGAAAACGAUAGCAUGGAUCCCUCCUUCUGGAUCUCCUCUAAUGUUGUGUCUGUCAUGGUCUCUAAUCCCUCCACUCAACAUCUGAGCCGCUGGGUCAACAUCACACUCAGACACCUGCCGGACAUCGACAGCUUCACUGAAGUGAAAUACAUCUGUGCUUACUGGAAUGAGAGAGGGGCCUGGUCCACAGAUGGAUGCAAGCGGGAACAGAUAUCCAAUGCUUCACACACUGUGUGUACAUGUGAACAUCUGAGCAGCUUUGCUGUGCUCAUGGCCAUGUACCCCAUGAAGCACCCUUUUGCGCUCCAGAUGGUGACCAAGAUAGGGCUGACUAUCUCCAUACUGUGUUUAAUACUGAGCAUCCUGACAUUCAAGUUCUGCCGCUCAAUACAAGGGACCCGCACCACCAUCCACCUGCACCUCUGUAUCUGCCUCCUCUUGGCCGACCUUAUCUUCCUGACUAGCGUUUCACGGACUAAACCUGUGGGCGGCUGCAGGUUUGUUGCAGCAAUGCUCCAUUACUUCUUCCUGGGAGUGUUCACCUGGAUGCUGUUGGAAGGCGUGCAGCUAUACCGUAUGGUUGUCCUGGUGUUCAAUGCCAACAUUCGACCCCUCUACCUAUACAUCACUGGUUAUGGUGCGCCCCUUGUCAUCAUCAUUAUAUCUGCCAUCAGCAGACCACAGGGAUACGGCACGAAUGAGUACUGCUGGCUGUCUCUGGAGAACGGUUUCAUCUGGAGUUUCUUCGGCCCUGUGUGCUUCAUCAUCGUCAUUAAUGUCUUCUUCUUUAUCGUAACUGUUUGGAAGCUCGCCCAGAAGUUCACCAGCCUCAACCCAGAUCUCUCCAAACUACACAAAAUUAAAGCUUUCACGGUGACAGCUAUAGCCCAGAUGUGUAUACUGGGCCUGAUGUGGGUGUUUGGGGCGUUCCUGUUUGACGAGAGCACGAUGGUGGUGGCAUAUAUCUUCACUAUUCUCAAUAGUCUGCAAGGGGCACUGGUGUUUAUCAUGCACUGCCUGCUGUCUAAACAGGUGAGAGACGACUACGUCCAUUUCCUCUCCUGUAUCUGCACACCACAGAAGAAGAGAUACUCAGACUUCAGCAGUACCAAUCCCUCCAGCAGUCAGUCACAGGCUUCUCAGAGCGGGCAUCACACAGGAGAAUCCCAAAUAUGAAGAGAUCUGUCUUUUAUUCAUCCCAAAAGUAUCACGCUUAGCCCUAACUUUAAAGGUCUGGAUCACUUCAAAUAAAAUUUCAGUCAUUACUUAUUCACCCUGAUGUCGGUUUUCCCAACCUAAGGGAUUGCAACAAAAUUAACAUGUUAGGAAAAAAGAAGAAAACAUAUUUCUGUUGCACCAAAUCAUAUAUAUUUAUUUAUUUUAACAGUUUUAUAUGUUCAGGCCUCUAAAUUCAUCAAAAUGAAACAAUAUGAGAAGGCCAUGUCACCCUGCGGUUGCAUUCUUAGCAUGGACAUAAUGUGAUCUGUGCCAGGGGGCUGCAGCAUGGCUUGGCUGUGAAGGGUCUCACAACAAAAAGGUUGGGAACCUCUAAAUUAAACACACAUCUAAUUACCAUCAGUAGUUACAUCUCAAGGAUUUCAGACCCUGUUAAAGUUAAUGGGACCAUUUUUUUAACCACUCAGAACCCAUUAAUUUAAAUCCAACAAACAGCACAAGCAAGUGUAACCAUCUCUUUGCAUGGUGCGUCAAAAAGUUUAUUUGUUGCUCAUUAUUCUGUCUAUUUUCUGCACUGAUAAUACUGUACAGAGCUUUAGGGGUUAAUCAAGUUGUACUGAUGAUGACUGAAUUUUUAAUUUGGUGUGGGAUAGUCCUAUAAGUGCUGUUAUCACCACAGCAGGCAAAAAGUAGCCAACUUCUACAAGUGUUUAUUCAGGAACUUUAUAAGUGAAAGUAAGAAAAUAUUUUAGUACCUUAUCGGUCUAGAACAUAUCAAAGUCAUAAUAUAAGCUGUAUUCCCUUUGAAGUGGUUAAAAAUGAUACUGAUAUAGACUAUUUAUUUUUCAAUGCAGAUUAUAAAGUCUACAUUACGUAGGCUACAAGAAAAUAUGUUUAAAGCAUGAGCACACACAGUUUGCGCUAUAUUUUAUGUAAAUGUUUAAUGUAAAAAUAAGGGUUGGUUUGCCUUUUCUUCAUGGGAGCUUCACAGAAAAUAUUUGUUUCCAUGUACUGUAUUUAGCAGUAUGUUGUAAUGGUAAGAAACAACUGACUGAUGAUGUAAAUUACCCAUGAAGUGCCUCUAAUGGUCCCUCAUGUUCCUCUUGCAAAUCCCAUGAGAGCUCUUGCAGGGAUUUUAUGUUUGUUGUUUCUUGAUUUUAAACAAAAUAAGUGAUUGUAAAACACUUGUGGCUAUUUUUUUUUUUAAAUCUUGGUUUGCAAUUGAACUGUGUCUUUUUUCACUGUGGUAUGUGAAGUGUUUUAAUCUUAAAGGUGUAGAAAAAGAAAACAAAACCUGGUCAGAAAUGACUGGUUGGACAAUUCACAAACACAGGCCCACCCUUCUGAUAAGACUGCAGCUUCCUGCAAUCAAACUAUGUUUAUGGAAUGAGAUUACAAUUUGUUGUUAUGUUCUUAUUGUAGCCAUUAGCAUGUGCCUCAACACACUGUCAUUGACUGUAAGGUAUCACAUUCCUGAAAUGAGAAUUUCAAUCGUUUAAUUGGAGGUCUAAUGGGAGAUGUAUAGACCUGAUUUUAAUUAUUUUAUUGCACUUUUCUUUGUUGUAAUGAUAGUCCAGCACAUUUCACUCACAUGAUGCAUGGAAUAACCGAGGAGACUUGAGAACAGUCCCACUUAUAGAACCAGACACCUUGUUGUAACAAAGCUAUCAAUUUUAUUAUUCUAUUAUUAUUUUUCUAGUUUCCAAUUUAGCAUGAAUUCAGAUCAUGUAAAAGACAUCGACCUUCAGAGAGAAAUAAAGAUAUUUUGGAUGUUAAGACCCUGACUAACACUGCAUUGGUGUUGGCUUUAACAACUAAACUGGUCCUUGGUUUUAAAGUCUGACUGCGCCUUUUCAUGACUCGUUUGUUUAUUCAUGCAUUGCAAAAUGUAUUUUUAUGUGAAAAGGCUACAUGCAACAUGCAGCAUUUUGUGAAUGUAAGAUUCCUAUUGUUAUACUAUAUAUAUGUCCUAAUUUGAGGGUAUAUAAACCUAUUUUUCUACUUUGUUUUGCUGUAAGUUGUUUGGUACUGUUUUCUUUAAAGACUAUGCAACACAAAUUUUAUUAAAGCUUCUACUUAAUUUGAAAAAUCAA